CUAACCAACACAUGUAAGACUGUGUUGGUUACGUGAUUAAGGUCAAUACUAACACGCGGAUAUGUUUAUAUAUAUAUACAUGUUUACAUCCUGGGAAAUAUGCAGAUACUGUAAAUAGACCUAUGAUUAUCUUCAAACCUUCGGCAAAAAUCUGAAUCCGCGCCUCUGCAAUAUCACAAACACUGACCAGACCGAAACUUCAACUGACCAGACGCACGGAAGCAUGACUUGUAUAUUAGUGGACACUAUAGUACCCUACUUCUAGCAGUGGGGAUAUGGGGCGGCUGGAGAACGAGCAGCAAUGGCGGUUUCUGCUGGCUGGGAUAUCGAACAUGUGUGGGGCAUCAGUAACGAACCCGGUUGAUGUCAUAAAGAUCCGGAUGCAGCUGGAGAACGAGCUGGCCGUACACGAGGGUCUGAGCGCCAUCAAGAACCGCUACUAUGACGGAUUUGUGAAGGGAGGGUCGAGGAUCGUACGGGACGAGGGGAUAGGGGGCCUCUACAAGGGCCUUCUGCCGUCUUUGAUGCGGGAGGGGUCCUACAGUACAAUCAGACUGGGCGCCUACGAACCGCUGAAGGUGUACUUUGGCGCCACCGACCCUGCUCAUACCCCGCUGUGGAAGAAAAUUUGUGCCGGGGCUAUAUCAGGGACCAUCGGGAGCGCCAUUGCGACGCCGACAGAUCUGGUCAAAGUCAGGAUGCAAGCCCAGGGCAAGCUCUUUGAUGGAGAAGUGCCCAGAUACAAGAGUACAUUUUCGGCAUUCAAAGAGAUUAUCCAGACCCAGGGCCUCCGAGGGCUGUAUACUGGCGUGGGGCCCACCGUAAAACGAGCAGCCAUAUUGACGGCUACCCAAAUUCCAAGCUAUGAUCACGCAAAACACACCAUUUUGAACGCUGAAAUUAUGCAGGAAGGCCCUGCUCUUCACGUGAUAUCUUCCAUGAUAGCAGGGUUCAUGACAGCACUGACCACAUCACCAGUUGACGUCAUCAAAACACGAAUCAUGAACCAAAAGUCACAUGGUGUAGCUCAUCAUGAGCGUAUGUACAAGAAUGCCUUUGACUGUUUCUUAAAGACUUUGAGGUCAGAGGGACCUCUUGGACUGUAUAAGGGCUUCAUCCCUAACUGGAUGCGUAUAGGACCUCACACAAUCAUCACAUUCUUUAUAUUUGAGGAACUCCGCCACCUCAUAGGAAUGGACCCUGUAUAACUUACAGAGCUUGUAGUGGAUAUAAUUAACCAAUGCGUCCCUGAUACAAUGUAUCACAGUCAAUCUAAAGCAAGACCCCAGUAUUUCACAACGAAGUGAAAAAGUAGGGGCUAAAUGUUGGACUACAAUGUGAAUUUUAAAAAAUACAGAUGUGUGCUGUAUACAAAUUCGUUUGAAUUGCCGUGAUAUUCUACCUCAGUGGGAGUAAAAAAAUAACCUUACUGUGUCUCGGAACGGGCUCUAAACGGGGUCCGUUAAAAUAUUGUUUUAACGAUUGUUUUAACAUUCUGUUCACCCCGGUGGUACAAAACCAACGCAAGAGUUUCUACAUCUACUUUGAUUAAAGCGACAUACUUGUAUUAUAGAUCUGUGAUCAAAUGAAAUUCUCAAGAUUUUAACCCAUCUGCAUAUUUUAGCAUGAGAUUUAUGUAUGUUCUUUUGUACAAGAUGUUUUAGAUAUUUUUUAUGAUGUUGAACGGUUCCCGAAGAAAAUAAAUAAAAGGAAAACCAGA